GUAUUACUGGGCGUGGUUUCUAUUAAGCAAGCUGUAUUGUCGUUGUAACGAAAACGUUGCUGUCAGGAUAAGGUCCCACGUUGGCACUGGCAGGGAUUGUUAUUUGAUAUGUGUGUUGCAACUGACUUACAGAUAUUUUUGUUAUGAUAGUAUGACAUUUGCCCACCACUUCGGAUGUUGAUAUCUGAGUUAUGAGUGGCAAAAAGAAGGGACGGAGUCCGGGUUGCAAUAAUAGCAAGAAGGGACGGUACCCGGGUGGUGCCACUUCUCCCACUACAAUACAGGGAACUCCGGGUGCGACUGGUGCAGAUUAUGGGUCAUGGAAAAAGCAAAAGCUGACCGAAAUCCAUCAGGCAUUAUUCAGUGACCCUGUGGAUAUUGCAGCAUUGCGAAGGGCAGCUGUGAGUAAAGGAGGCCUUCUUACUGAUGAAAUCCGGCGGAAAGUAUGGCCCAAACUUCUGAAUGUGAAUAUUUAUAGUCUUCCUCUAAAACCAGGCUCUUCAAUCCGAGAGAACCACAAAGAUUUUGACCAGGUGCUUUUAGAUGUGCGUAGGUCACUUCGUCGAUUUCCUAAAGGUAUGCGGGCUGAGCAGCGGGAGGUCCUGCAGGAGCAGCUGAUUGACAUCAUCCUGUACGUUCUGAAAAGAAAUCACCAGUUGCACUAUUACCAAGGCUACCAUGACAUCGUGGUCACGUUCUUGUUAGUUGUGGGAGAGAGAAUGACUGUGGCACUGGUUGAAAAACUGUCUGUUCAUCACCUCAGGGAUUUCAUGGACCCAACCAUGGACAGCACUAAGCAUAUCCUCAACUAUUUGAUGCCAAUUUUGGAAAGAGUCAACCCUCAACUGCAUGAUUUUAUGCAAAGAGCUGAAGUGGGUACAAUCUUUGCCCUUAGUUGGCUGAUUACAUGGUAUGGCCAUGUUCUUACUGAUUUCCGUCAUGUGUUAAGGCUUUAUGAUUUCUUCCUGGCAUCCCACCCACUGAUGGCAGUCUACUUUGCAGCGCAGAUUGUACUUUACAGAGGAGAAGAAGUGCUAGACUGUGACUGUGAUAUGGCCAGUGUCCACUACCUUCUAUCCAACAUCCCCCAAAAUCUGCCUUAUGAAGACCUGAUCUCCGAUGCAGAGCAUCUCUUCAGCUGUUAUCCUCCAUCUGAGCUUGCAAAGCAGGCUGCCUUACAACAUCACAAGAGUAUUGCCAUUAGUUCCUUUCAAGACUUUCAGCUGGCUACAUCUCACCAGCGUCCAGAUACUGUCCUUCUCAAGCAACGGUUAGAAGAAGCUAACAGUAAGCAUGGGGAAAUGGAUUUUGCACAAGCAUCUGGAACCAGUCAGCUUGUGAAGGUAGCAGUUUGGGGUAUAUCUGCCAGUUUGGGAGCUGCAGCCCUUGCUGUUGCACAGACUGCCCUUGAGUGGGCACCAGACUUUCUGCUUCAGCUUUUCUGAUAUUUCUGAAGAGGCAAAGAAAUAACGUGCUGGAAUGGAGCAAAACCAAAACUGAUUUUUAUGAAGUGUAUUUGAAUUUUGCCGUUGUAUUUUUAUUGUCCAAAAUGUUUGUCAAGAUAUUAAUUUACAUCACAUGAUAUUAAGCACUUGUUUUAAAAAUCAGCUUACUGGCAUUAAAAUAAUUAUUAUGGACAGCAUUUUAAAAUUUUUGUUGAGCUAAAACUGGCCAGUUUAAAACAUCAGUGCCAUUUUGAUUUUGUGUCCGUCUUUUUAUUAUUUUAUGUGGGAAGGACAUUGUACCACAGUGCUCUUCCAGCUUAGUGUUUCAGCAGAGGAGGCCAAGGAACAUGUUUAUGGAUUACCAGGUGUACAAAGGACUCUUCUUACUGGAAGGUUGUUGUAGAGGCCAGAGCUUCAGUUUAGAAGCUUGGGGUGGGGGGUUAAGCAUCAACACCCAGGAGAACCAGAUUCUUAACUUUUGCUCUCUAUCUAGUCUGUUUGCUGCUCAGUGUACUAAGUGGCCACUUCUUUUUUCCUGGAAAGCAUGCCAGAGUUUGUGGGCAUUGUGCACACUGAUACCUUGAUCCUCCUUUUGUAUGCUUGCAUUAGUGAGUAAUUUUCAUUUUCAUUUUGGCUCUUGAGAGUUAGAUUUUUGCAUGGACUUAAUUGUGUCUGUACAUUUCUGCUCGGGUCUAGAAAUGCCCUCAGAUUUUUUUUUAGAUGGGUUUGAAUGGUUCUCUGCCAUGUCCAUCCUGAGUCGUGUCAGAAUUAAAUCGGUAUUUGUUUCUUGGAUAAUAUGCUUUACAGUGCAUGUAGUAGCCCACCCGCUAAUCGCAGGAAAAGGCCAGAGGCUAAGUAAUUCCUGUAAACCAAAAACAUGGUGGCCAUUCCCCAUGUAGGGGCAGCCAGAGACCUCCAAGGUCUUUUCAUUAACCAAGAAUUGUGUUUAUGUUCCAUUCAGCAACAUGUAGACACCUACCUGUUCUAACUCAAAAUAGUGUCACUCAUUUUCCUUACAAGGGUGGCUGGAGAUCCACUCUUGCUUUCCAUAAAUCAGAAUGUGGUGCUUAUCCACUAUAAAGAGGGCAACCCCCUCAACCUCUAGGCGUCAGCCCACCUAGUUAAGAGGGUAGUUGCUGGACUAAAUUCUUGGUUUGAUGCAAGAAGGAUAUUGAUCUCACUUUUGCCUUUCUACAAGUCUUACAUUGUUGCUCUGAUAUAAUUGAGCAGGAUUUGCCCUUUUUCUCAUGUGAGGUGCACCUCUCAGUCAUCUCUACCUGUAUACCUAUGGUGUACCCUAUGAUAUCAAGUACAGUUUUUAAUUACUGAAAGGGAUACUUCAUCUUUGACUACCUAAAUGCACUUUAUCUCCUUCCUGGGACCUGAACUUUGUUAAACAGCAGUUAAACUUCCAUCAUUUAGAACAUUUUGCCAUGGCUGACCUCAGGUACCUAUUUUGGAAGACUCUCUUAGAAGACCUUGCCAGUGGGAUCUCCAUAUUCCAAGUACUGAUGCUUAGCUAGUUGUACACCGUCCUCUAUAUUCUAUGGUUACUUUGAAGAGAGACCCCUUCUUUCCUGCUUGCUGUGGUUUCUGUAUGUCCUUCGAUUAAGUUACCAAGUUACUGUUUUCUCCCAUGUCAAAGAGCAGUGGAGAGAGAGAGAGAAUUUUGCAUACUGUAGACAACUACGAUAUUACACCACUAGCCAUGUACUCAGACAGGUACGUUGUUAAAUUAUUUCUUGGCAGACAAGCAUGAACAUUUAGCAACCAGGCAAACACUUUUUUCACUGAUCUUGGGUUAACUGCACCACCUUAUUUGUAUGGAAGGACCUUGAUUUUGCUAUCAUGGCCCAUACCAGUAGGUGAGCUGCCACCAGUGCUGCUUUCUUCAGGAAUGUCUCUGACCACUGUAUUAGUGAGUCUGCAACCUGGACAUUCAUUCAUACUAUCUCUUAACACUACACACUGGAUGCCACGGUCAAGCAGAAGGGCAGGAGUUGCUACUGCAUAUUUAUAAAAUGUGGUUUAGGACAUCUCCCUUGUCCAGGGUCACUUACUACAUUGUUUGGUACUUUCCCAUUCAUCUGACUAUACUGUUGUAGUGAUGUUUAUGGUGUGUGUAGUACAGUUGUGUUUGGAUACAUAACUGUACAUGUUUACCCAGAAUGAUUGCUAGGAUAGGCCUGUGUAAAGUUAGCAUUUAGCCAGUGUGCAUGUUUGCUUCUAGGCCAUGAGACCUGAUCUUAACAAUUGUUAAUCACCCCUGCUUCAGUUGUUAAGAUCAGGUAUAAUGCUAGACAGUUAAAUUUGCCAGUGCUGGCCAGCAAAUGACAGUGGUAGAAUUAUUUUUUUUUCUGUCUGCUGUCUGGGCCAGUAAUCUGUCCCUGACUUUCUUUAACAUAAGACAGUGUGUUACACCGUCUUUCUUACACCGCUCGCUAAGUGCUUUACAGCUUUGAAAGAUGGCAAAACACUUUGUGAUUUUUUUUCCCCUUUUGUAACAUAUUAUACGUGGAACAUACAAAGUUACAUGCACUACAAAGAAUUGUGAUCAGAUCUUUGAUCAUAACAACUUAUGUGCUGUUGACACGGAUGUCAAGAUUCACCUCUUGGCCUUCACUCUCAAGGUGACUUUCUUAGCAUCCAUGUCUUGGAUACAUAACGAGCUGAGUGACCUGAUCGUAUUCCUCUGUCACUAAAGGCUUAUGACAUAGGUACGUUAAAAUAUUGUGCACUCACAUUGAGAGUGUUUUUGUAGUGAUUAUAUAUAAUUACUUAAGAAGAUUUGCAUUCUGUUUUAAGUGACAGAGUUACCAAAAUGUAAUUUUAACUACAGAAGUGAGCAUUUACAUUUGUAAAAGUAACAUUAACCAUGCUUAUCCUUUUUCCGUAAUGUUAUGCCAUCAACUGACUCCCGCUUUGUAUCUGUUACAUCUGUAUAUUCAUAAUGAAUUGCGGAUAACCAGGAAUCUUCGCAUCAGGAGCCCUACGUCUCUGUGUAUGAAGUGACAGAGAUCAUGUAGCAUUGUAGUUAGCAGACGACUUGAGAGCUGAUUCUGCAGUGAAGUAAUUAUUCAGCGUGACCAUGAGCUAGACAUUAAGAAAAUGAUAUUUUGUGUUUGUUGCAUCCCUUUCUGUCCUCAUAUUAAGCUGCAUUUCUCCACACUGUACAGCCUUAAGGUUGAGUUUGUUGCUUCAGUUGCAGCCUUCACUUACAAAAUUCAGGAGGGUGGCUAAUGGUUAUGGUGUUUGCCUUAUAAACACAAGGUGCAGGGUUUGAGUCUCACAAGGGAUAAUUGGCUAGGCUUAAAAAGGCUCACAAGGGCAGUUAGCUUAGUACUAAUGCAUGAACCUAUGGGAAAAAAAGUUGAUGUAAUUGGAACGUGGAGGAUGUUUUACUGCAGCCCUGUUUAGUGCUGUAUACGGUUAUUAGUAUUGCAUAUCCUUAUUCAGAUUACAUUACUUAAGGACAGUAACACCAUUGAAUUCAUCUUGCAGUGUAAAAUAGUGUUAGAAUUCAGUCAAUCUUUUUUUUUUUUUGUCUUAACCCAUACCUUUACAGCAUGCUGAGCUCUGACUAUGAAAGAAUGAAAUACCUAUGAUUAUCUGCCCUAUAUAAAUGUCCUAUGCACAUACGAUAUUGAAUGUUACCUUCCUCUGAGUCCUGUAUUUGCACAUAGGAUGGAAAAGAAGUACCACUGUUUACGAAAUAAAGUAUCCAGCUGUUUGAACCCAAGCUUAUGGCAAUGUGAAUAAAUGUGUGAAAUAGCCUAGUCCCUUGAUAUUAUAAUUGAUUUCUCUUAAACUGUGGCAUUAAAAUUAUCUUUUCAAAAUGACAAAAGUUGAUUAAUAAAAAAAAAAGCAAUAACUUUUUUUUGUGGGACAAAGCUGUCCCAGUUACAUCUAAAGCACUUUUAUGACACCAUGUACUCAAAGGUGUAAAAUUGAUACAUGUGUAGUCAUCAGUGUUAUUUCCUGUUUUAAGGUACUUUUGAUACAUGUUAGAUUUUGAUAAUGCAUGAAUACGCUGUUAAUCCAAAGCCAGAUGUGGAGUGCUUCAACUUACUUAUUUAGUGAACGUUGUCCCAGAGUGUGGUAUCAUUUUAAGUACCAGUAAGACCACAUACUGACUGACUCUCAGAAUCUUGGGUGUCCAUAUUGGUAUUCCAGGGGAUAUCCGGAAUGCCUAAAAGUACUGCACAAUUUCAUGUGAUAAGGCUAGGCUGGUGCAAUGAGUCUGCCAUUUUUCCAGCACCAGCUGUUCUGUCAAAUGUAUGGUACACCAAUGACUGGUGCUAUAGGAAAAUAAGUUUACAGGAUCUGAGAUAGACUGUAGGGAUCUCAGAGAACUCUCACAGCUAAUACUCUUGACUGAACUCUGCAGCCAUAUUGUUUCUGUUUACUACUUCACACUCCUGUCCUGGUCUGUAAGCCAGCAGCAUGUGUUGCUCAGUGGUGCAGGUUUAGCAGCUGGGUAUGAUUAACAGGUGUGCCCAGACCCUGGAUUUAGAUAGCCCAGCAGUUAACUUGAAACAGAGGGUCUGUUUUCCACUUGCACUUUGGAAAGAAAGAACAAAGUUUAAACUGCAUGUGUGUGUGUAAUGUGUGUUAUUUGAACAUAUUUACCAUGCUGUUGAGGUCUAUGAGCCUUGUAUAUGGUGCAGUGAAGUCUGAUAAUUUGUUUUCACAUUGUCAUGUUUACACUAAAGUCAAAACUUCUGUGACACUCUAGCUGUGGAUGUUAUAUGUCUGAAUAUGCAGUUGAAGUUAUACAUUUCUGAACUGUUGUAUGUAACUUCAGUUUUUGUAAUUAAGACUCUUGAUACUGUGCUAUUUCAUAAAUAGCUAGUCAUGUUUUAAUUGUACUGUUUAUAAAUAAAAAUUCAACUUUCAAAUAA